AACGAUUCUGAUUGGCUAAUGGCUCUACAGCGGUAGUGUACGGUUGGGCCGAUGGCGGUACAGCGGUCCCGCUGUACUUUCUGUACCAAGCCUUUUAUGUUCUGUUAUGCGAACUACCGCUAGGCAACUGCAGCAUGCUAGCUAGAGCUACAAUCCCUCCAAAUGCCGUACUUCAUUGAUCCGAACCACAGUGGCCUUUGGAAUCUCGAGUGAAAAGUCCCUGGGUGCUUGAGACAGAAAACCACCUACCAGUCUGCUUUUGGGCCCUACCGUUUGUGUUUUGCCGGAUAGGUUGACAUCGAGCACAUUGAUAGAUCCAUUGGCAGUUACUAGAUUGGCCCCUUCGACCAAAGACUUGCCCAAGAAGACUGCCAAUAGCAUUCGAAGGUAUUGGGAAUGUGUAAAGGCAGCCACGCACCGAUUGGGGCAUUCGUCACUGGCAGCGGCCUUGGCCAAUGUUUCGACCGCUUGUACGGCGCGAUAAAUCACCUAGUUGUUUGGGAACAGUUACAGAGCAUUGAGAUUGAAACAGGAAAGGAUUGAGAUGCUCCAUCUUUAAUAACAAGUUGGUAUCUUGCAGCAGUGUAAGACCAAAUUGAUCCACUAGAACUUACAUCUCUCCCACUGUCACCCCCGCCCUCUGGUCGAAAAUCCACGUCGCCCAUGCUCCACCUUGCAUAGGUGGCCAUCAUGCCCGGUUUGGCGUCGUCUACACGCUGUCCUUCUGCGACGGGACCAAAAUCCACUUCCAUCAAGGCAUCGAGUGCUUGCAAUUCUUCUUCUUCUUGUUGUUUACCCAUCAUGGCAUUCCUGGCUUGUUGUGCCGUCUGUCGAGCCCUUACCAGUGGGGAGCAAUAGACGAGAGAUGGUGUCACUGGAAGAGCGUUGGCCAAUGCCAAUCCGGUUCGAUAUCCCUGUUGUCGUCCUAGUUCGUUGAGGGGUGCAUUGACCCGUGCUCCUUGGACCAGUCGGAGUCGGUUGUUUUCGGUUUGGCCAUGGCGACAGAAGAAAAUGCGACACGUGUCAGUAGCCAAAGGUGGUAGAUCCACAAGAGCGUCCAGGUAGUUGUCGGUUGUUGUGGCAAUGGCAUUGGAUGGGCGAUGAAAGCUGGUAGUGGCGAGUGCUAAAGAACUACCGUAGGAGAGGACUUGUCGACGGUUCCACGGAUCAAUACUACUAUUAAAUUGUUCCUUUGGUACCACACUGUCCUCGUCAUGGUCAUGGUCCUCGUUGGUGACAGCACCUCGCCUCGACGUACUCUUGUAGUGACAGGAAACGCUACUCGACUGGACUGUGAAGCUCUGGACUAUUGAUGAUGGCGUCCAUAGUACCCAUAGCGAGAUUGCCCAGACUGCAAAUGCCGACACCAUUGUUCAAAACAAGCAAUGUUGCUGCUGACAGUGCCGUCAUCCGAUCGCCUUGACAAGGUGCCGAUCAUCAAUGUCAAAACCUCCGUGAUGUCUGAGUCCGGUCACGAAUGCAGAAAGAUCGAAAGAUUAGAUCCAUCAACCGACAGCUAGCCUCCAAGAAAAUCUUUUCAAGUCGACAAAGCACACAGCCGCCAACCACAAGCCACACAACUACUAGUACCGUACGUAGGAUCAGACUGUCCAAGCCAUCCUUGUUGUUUGCUGUGCAACUAUCUAGCUAGCUAGCAGUCUAUGCUUUCUUACUAGCAGAAGUACUCUCUGAAAUUAGCAACGACUGCCAUACACACACACUAUUACUACAAUGAGCGAUCAUCAAACCCCGAGCAAAGAUGGCGUCCAAGUAGAAGGAGGCACAUUGAAAGAUCGGCUGGCCCUCUUGGAAGAACAAAAGAAACGGGAUGCCGCUCGAUCUGCCGAAAAGAAAUCGUCCGUGACCAUUGAAGGUGGCGGUUUGAAGGAUCGCAUGGCCGCUCUGGAAUUGCAACGUCAAAAGGAAGCGGCCAAAAUGACGCCUUCGAAACUGGUCGAUAUGGAAGGCGGCGUCAAUUUGGAAGAGCGCAAACGAUUGUUGGACGAACAACGACGACGGGAAGCCGCUCGAUUGGCGGCACGACAAUACGCCUUUUUGUCGUCCGAUGAAUUGAUCAAGGAACGGACCAAAUGGAUUCAUGCCGGCAGUGCCGAAAAAUCGAUUGAAAAGGCGGCCAUUAUUAUUGAAGGAGGUGGGUUGAAAGACCGCAUGCAAUUGCUUGAGUAUCAACGACAACAAGAAGCCGAACGUCUCGUCAGUCGCAAUACGGAAAUGUCCGAAAUUAGUGACGAUCUCAUUGCCGAACGACUCCAAUGGAUGGACGAACAAUUGGCCGCCAACGCCGCAUCCACCGAAACUAGCAACAACAAGGCGGCGGUCAUGGUGGAAGGUGGAAAUCUACAAGAACGACUGAGACUGCUGGAGGAGCAACGACGUCGUGCCGCCGAACGGGCGACGCACAAAGAAGACUUGUCGGGAAUUUCCGAUGAUCUCAUUGCCGAGCGACUUCGAUGGAUGGACGAACAAGAAGCCAAAGAAAAGGAAGCAGCGCAAGCAGCAGAAGCCGGCGGAAAGGAUACCGACAUUAUCAAGGGUGGAAGUUUGAAACUACGAAAACGACUUAUUCAAGUACAGUACCAACGAGAAGCCCAACGAUUGGCCGUCCGACGGCUCGUCGAAGUAUCGUCCCAGGAAACGGUCCGAAAUCGCAUGCAAUGGCUUGCCGAACAACAACAGCAACAACAACAAGGCGCCGCCAAAACCACAUUAGAACAACACGAACUCGUUUCCAAUGACUUGAUUGCCGAACGACUCGAAUGGUUGAAAGAAAGUGCCGAAAAGGCGGCGCAAUUGCCCGAAAAGGAACGCGUCGAGGUCACCAACAACCUCGUCGCCCAACGAAAAGCAUGGCUCGACGAACAAAUGCAAAAGGCGGCCCAAUUGCCACCCAAAGAACGCAUUCAAGUAUCACAAGGACUCAUUGGGGAACGCAUGCAAUGGUUGUCGCAACAAAUGAACCGCGCCGAUCAAUUGACGCAUACGGAACGCACACAAAUGACAUCCGAUCUCAUCUCGGAACGAUUGGCAUACCUCGAAGCACAGGCAAUUGCUGCCAAUGAACACGAGACCAAGGAAAGUCUCGAAAUGCAAAUCACAUUUCUGGAAGAACAGCAACAAUUGGAAAUGUCCGAAGAAGAACAAAAGGAAAUGGCGAAUGUACUCAUUACCGAAAAGAUGCAAGAUCUGGAACAACAAAAGGAACUCAUUGCAGAAAUCUCGGAAGAACAACAAAUUGAAGUCACUCAAGCAUUGCUGGAAGAUCGACAGGCGUGGCUGGAGGGGGAUCAAGAGCACUAUGUGCGCAAGCGAGAGGAGCAAAAGGCAGCGCAAGAAGAAGCCGAAGAACGAGCAUUGGAAGAACAACAAACAGCCGCACGGAUUGCCGAAGAAGUGGCCAAAACGGUGGCCUUUUGGACGCAACAAAAGGAGGAAGCAGCCACUAUGGACAUUGCAGGACGAUCCCAAAUUACAGCCUUUUUGAUUGCGGAACAUCUAGUCGUGCUGGAGGAACAGCUGGCGGAUCCAGAAGCAGAUGAGGAUACCAAGGCGUCUCUGGAACAGCAAAUUGCUUUUUUGAACGACCAAGUGGAGAAUAUCGAGGAUAUUGAUCAUAUGAUGAUGAUUGAUGUACUGGUGCAAGAAAAGGUUGCCAAUUUGGAGAAAAUGUUGCCAACUAACUACCAGUAGCUAGCCAGACAGCCAGUCGACGAUAGUACGCAUGUUGGAGAUCUCGGCGAAAGGAAGCCGUGCCAUGUGGUUGGGUUGAACCUUGCUGCUUAAUGCAUCUUCCGCAUCAGACUUGUCGAGUUCAGGGUUCCUAUCAGUAAUAACGAAAAUGCUACUAGGAAACAGCUUUGAUACUCUC